AUGAUUUUACUAAGCAGCUUUUUGCACCUGCACACCCGGCACUGCGGCCCCUUCACAGCGCUGGGGCUGGGCAGGGCGCCCUGCUCGGGAGCCAGGUCGUGCAGUGCCAUGUGCAGGCACCUGCGCGUCUUGGUGGACAUGGACGGGGUGCUGGCGGACUUCGAAGGCGGAUUCUUAAAGAAGUUCAGGGCCAGGUUCCCAGAGAAGCCGUACAUUGCCCUGGAGGAUCGCAGGGGCUUCUGGGUGUCGGAGCAGUACGGCCAGCUGACACCUGAGCUGAGUGAGAAAGCAAUCAGCAUAUGGGAGUCAAAGAAUUUCUUCAUUGAGCUGGAUCCAAUCCCAGGGGCUGUGGAAGCCGUGAAGCAAAUGGCUAAGUUGGAAAACACUGACGUGUUCAUCUGCACAAGCCCGAUCAAGAAGUACCGUUACUGCGCUUAUGAGAAGUACGCCUGGGUGGAGAAGCAUUUUGGCCAAGAAUUUCUGGAGCGGAUUGUCCUAACGCGAGAUAAAACUGUGAUCUCUGGCGAUCUGCUUAUAGACGAUAGACCAGAUAUAACAGGAGCCGAGCCGAACCCCAGCUGGGAGCACGUUCUCUUCACAGCCUGUCACAAUAAACACCUGCAGCUGCAGCCCCCCAGCAGGAGGCUCCACUCGUGGGCCGAGGACUGGAGGGCGAUCCUGGACAGCAAACGGCCACCGCCCAGCCAGGCCAUUUAA